AUGCCACCACCGCCCCUCCCGCGCAAGCGCAAUCGUAGCGUGAGCCCGAACUCGUCGGGUGACAGCGAGUAUGACCCGGUGACCAAGCCUCGCAAAGCAGCUGGCCCCUCAUCAAAGCUCCCGCCUGGCCACCAGUUGGGGCCCAACGGCCGCCCCAUGUCGCGCGAGCAGCUACGCAAGGCCAACCAUUCACUGAUCGAGCGGCGACGCCGUGAAAAGAUCAAUGCCGCCCUCGCCGAUCUGCGAGGCAUGGUGCCGGGUCUUGGGGAGGAGAAUGGCGGAAAGGGCGGCGAGUUCAAGCUCGAGGUCUUGGAACGUACGGUCGAGCAUAUGCGCGAGCUUAAGCGUCGCAUCGCCGACCUUGAGGCCGAUGCCGAAGCCGCCUCGGCGACUAAGCGGCGCCGCCACUCGACCACCACUGAGGAGUCGAGCAUGGAUGUGGACAGCCCUCGCGAGCGAGUAGAGGAGUACCGCCGUGUUCCGCACGAUAGGCCUCACCGAGCGUGGCGUCCUUCGCCGGUGAAGCCCUCGUCAUCACCGCCAUCGCCGUCCAUGACACCACCACUGCGCACUGCUGCGGACCCCAACGAGACCGAAGACGAGGCGAAUCUUCCCCCUCCGUUGACAUUGGCGUCUCGCUCGCGCUCUGACGAGUCGCACAGCUCGCAGACUCGCACGUCGGGGUCGCACUCGACAGCGUCGCCGCACCCGCCGAGCAUAUCGAGCCUGCUCUCGAGUACGCAGCCUCCGCGCACACAGACCUCGACAUCACGAGCCCCACCGCGUGACAUUUACUUGCCGUUUCCGACCCCGAGUCCCACCUCGCCGUUCCUUUCAUAUCCGAGCAACACGAGCACGGCAAGCAGCGCGACGGGCCCAGCCGAGCCGUCGCCGUUUCUCGCCCCUUUGCAGAACAUUGCACUCUUUGACGGCGCACUCCCCUCGCCACUCACUGGACCUCGCAGGCUCAGCCCACCGGAGAAGCGGGGAGAAAUGAACACGGAAGACGCGGCGCACGUGCUCCUCGCCAUCAGCUCGCCCGACACGCUCCGCCCCACGGCCAGCAGCGGAAACACACCGCUCAUGAAUGUGCACCGUGGGCUAGAGCGGCGCCUUACACUCGAGGCCGAAGAGUUUAUGCUUGAUGGGGGCGUGGCGCGCUCUGGCGACAUGCGUAUUGCUCGGCACCACACUCAGGGCAAAACUGCGCGAGAUAUCUUGCGCAUGUAG